AUAUCAGAAGAGCUCUAUUUAAAACCCUCACGGUUGACCCUCUUCCUUCCCAGAUUUCCACUCUUUCUUGUCUCUCUAGUUAACCAGAAUCCUCUCCUCAUCGAUCCCUACAAAAGCCUCAAACAACUCUCUUCCAUAAACCCAGCCAUGGAACCUUUACGCUUACUUCAGUUCUGGCACAUCCCCUCCGACAAGAACACCGCCGCCUGCGGAGAUUCAGACAGCGAUGCCACAUCAAGUCCAUCCGAAACAACCACCACCACCACCACCACAACCAACGACAAAGACCAUCACUCCGUCGAAACCGACGACGAAGAUUCCUUCUUCGACUUGGACUUCACAGUGCCCCUAAAAAAGAAACAAAAGGAUUUCAACCCAAACGACAAGGUUUCGGCACGAAAAGCCCUGCCCAAGCCUCGGCUUCGGCUUCACGUGCUGUUGAAGAAUGCAGAAGAAUCGGAAAAGAAAACAGAGGCCUCCAAAGACGUUCCGAUUUUCUCAUUGCUCGACAUAGGAAACAGUCCGGCAGGAAAAUUCCAGAAACAGAGAUCGGAAAACGCGACGAGGCGUUUUCCGAAGGUCGUGAUCCAGAAGUACCUGAAGCUGAUCAAUCCUUUCUACUCCAGGGCUUCGAAAAAGGCGCACGCUCAGACGGUGAAAUCGGCAAACGAGGUUUCGAAGAAAACGACUCCGUUUUCUUCUCCGAGGAAGCAAGUGGUGGAGAAACAGAGGAUUCGUGUGGCGCGGGAGCAUUUGGUUAAGAGCCAUUCGGCGGCGGCGUCGAGGGUAAGAUCGGUGCCGGCGAGGAGGGACGAUUCGCUGCUGCUGCAGCAUGAUGGUAUCCAGAGCGCCAUUCUCCACUGCAAGAGGUCGUAUAACUCCUCCGCAGAGUUUUCUGUGCUGUCGCGAUCUGCUAGCGGUCCCGGUCCCUAUCCCUCAGAAAAGGCCUCAGUACUUAUUCCUAGCAGAAAUUCCACGGAGGAGCUGAAGACAAGAACCAGCAUAUGACGCUCUGUUUCUCCUUAUUACGAAAACAGAAAGGAAAAAGAAAAAGCGGGAAAAUGUAGGUCUAGAAUUACUGAUUCUGUUUUACUACUUUGUUUUUUGAGAAUUGUGAAGUAAUUAACGUUUGCGAAGUGUUGUAUUUGGGUUUGUUUUGUGGAAGAAAGAAAGAAAGAAUAGGAGAGAGAGAGAGAGAAAGAGAGAGAGAGAGAGAGAGAGAGAGAGAGAGAGAGAGAGAGAGAGAGUUGGUUGUGGUGGUUUUGGUCUCAGUCUCAGUGAAUACUGUUAUAGUUAACAUGUUUCAUCAUCAAUGGUGGUUUUCUAUAAAGCGACCAAUGAUAUUGAAAAUCGAGAAAGGCGUUUGAGAA